AGCAAUGGAAUUGCACUGCUUUAACCAGCACAGAAUUUGCUUUGCUAGUUCCCCUUGAACACGUUUGUAGGCAGCAAUUUUACCAGGGGAUUUCAACUUUCUUUAAUUCCAGGGUAUGGAAUUUAGCACAGAAGCACUAUAAUAAGAUGCUGCCAAGUCUGCCAGCCCAGCUGUGCCCCACUCAGGAGAACUGGUAGCAUUUUCACAAGUAUUGUGGUAAUUAUUAUUAUGAUAGGCCUCAGAUUACAAAAGUCUUGUAGUCAAGUAUUAAAAUUCUGUCUAUCCUUACUAUCCUUAGCUGUGUCCAAAUCUAACCUAGAAAAAGUACAUAUACUUAUUUUCAAGGACAUUUUUAUCUCAACAGUUGUUCCAAAAUAUCAGAAAUUUGUGAAAAUAAAAAGGAUAAGGAAGGUCAGGUGCGUGGUAAAUCCUCCGCAACUUCAGAGAAACUUGACUUUGUUUUCCUGUAACUUUGCUUGACUCUAUCCACCUUUAGGUUAUCUGAUUGCUGACAUUCUUAAAUGUUCCUUCUUUCUAUGUGAUUUAACACUUGGAGUAUUUGUGCACUCUGUUUUUGCUUACAUGCAACUACUGCCUGUAGAAGAUUUUGUUGACUUCUGCGUGAACUAUCAUGAGGAGUAGUCAGAAGCAGAAAUAUAAACAACUGUGUGGAUGCAGGGAUUUUUUCAUUAAACACGUUGUUGAUUUGCUUUUGCUUUUGUUUUGUUUUAGUUUGUUUGGUUUUUUGGGGGUUUUUGGGUUUUUUUAUAAGUCUAACCACUACUUGUUCUAGGCAUGUGUCAGUGUCAUUUUAUAUGUGGAUUAAUACAUUUUGUGGCUUCAAAAAAUGUUCACUUUAAAAAAAUAUAUAUAUAAACAGUCUAAUACUGAAGUGGAAGACUGUAUUCUAGCUGUGUGAUGUCCACCAGAUCCCAUUAAAGAUUCCAAAUCUUUCUGGAGCUCCUCAGCAUACUAGCCCAUUUACUUGGGCUAGCCAAACAGAUUAAGAAAUCAUUAAAAAACUGAACUCAUUAUAGCAGUGCACUUCCAAAGACCUUUGCUGUCUCAAAGACACUAAAACAUGUAGAGAAAAACAGAGCUCCACCUACUUUUCAAGAGAGUGGAAUGCUGAUUUAAGUUGGAUUUUAUUUUAAUAACUGCUCAUACUAUUUUGAAGAGAAAAUUAAGAAACUUACCUGGGCUUCUUGCACCACUUAAAAAGAGGGUUGUGGGGUUUUAAUGUUAAAAUAACAUCUAUAUGAUGUGACAACGUUACAGGAAAAUGAAAACUAAGUUUGCCCUAUUUCAAUUUGCCAUGUAACUCAUCAUUAAAAAACUAAAAUAGCUGGUGCAACCACAGAGCCACCUGCAAACACUUUACUUCUGGUUACCAGCCAGAGAUGAGAGGCUAGUCAUGCAUACAGUGUGCUUACGCUACCUCAGAAGGUUCAGAUGCCAAGUUAAGAGACAGCACUGCAGGUAGCAUUGAUUAAUUUUUUUAGGUACUGGGGCUCAGUACAUAACAAAUUCCCAAGCUCCACAAAACUCUUCAAAAGAAGGAAGGAGAAACCUUUGCAGGGAAAAUUUUUUUCCCUCUAUGAUUCUUACUUUUGAUGAGAGCUUGCUCUAUUUCCUGACAGACAAACACACAGGACUUUAUCCCUUCCAAAAGCUUUAUAGUAGCUUCAGAUGUGUAUUUUUUAUGUGUGCAUUGCAGUAACUGAGGAAAACCAUAUGUAACUCAUCUUAAAAGUGUAACAAGGCUUAGCUAGAAAUUGCCUUAAAAUCACGUGGAUGCUUUUAAAACAUCAAGUUCUAUGUAUUGCAGUAAAAUAGCUUGUUCUGUGCAAAGCAGAUUGCAAGAUUAUUCUCUGCACUUUUUAAAGGGAUGUUCAAAUAAUGAAAAGCCUAAGAAGUUAUUAAUUGACUUGGUUGCAACUUUUAAUUUAGAGGGUUAUGGGAGCAGUCAUCAUCUCCUUGGUUUCUUGAUUAAAGAUAAUAUCAGGUGGAAAGGAAGGUCCCUUAUGAUACGUCUACAAUAGCCAGUAAUAUGCUCCAACAGGACCAGAACCUAUUACAUGGAAGUAAGUAAGUGAAACAGCAGAUUAUGGGGACCUGAUGACAUUGGAUGUAUUUCAGCACUGUUUUAACCAUGGACUGUCCCAAGUUUGAUCCCAUGAACUGAAUGCCUCUUAGCAGUUGUAGCAUUACCUUUGUAUGAUUUAGUUUGCAUGUUUUAGACAGGAAAUCCAGUUCAUGCAUUCAGAUAUUUUCUUUUUCACUCCACCUGUGACAGCAAAAGGGAAUGCUUAUUUUCCCUUCUCUGCAGAGGAGAAGAUACAAAGAACAGAAACACUGUCUGAAGCAGCCCUUGGAUCAGGCAAGAGCAAAGACCUCCAUCCACCCUCCAUUCCUGUUUCCUGGGGGCUCUCUAGGAAUGCUAAACAUUGCCCAGGAGACACAAUGUGUGGCACCUAGCACAGGGCCCAAGAAGGCUUGGGGGCUCAGAUGCACUGGUUCCCAGGGGAGCUCCUAGGGGAGCCAGUGCUGGCCCUCAGCCACACCCCAGCACUCCCCAGGUCAGGGCCCAUCUCCUGGGAGACUUCCAAAGGCCUGUCUUCUGCCCAGGGCCUCUGCGCUGGCAGCUCCCACCUGCCUCAGACCACAUGUCAUGGAGACAAUGCACAACAGGGCUCUGUCUUUUUCCUCCCUAAGGCUCACACAGUCUCAGGUGGCCCAGGUCAUGACCCAGAAAGGGCCUGUGUGCUGCAGGAGAGCUCUUGAGAAAAUAAGAGUAAGUUCAACACUGCUUUGCUCUGCAAAGUCCUCUGGGAUGCACCCACAUAGCUCCUUUGCACGAGAGCUGGAGGAGGCGAUGCUGGCUCGACUGCACCAGGUUGGGGACAGCAGGCUGCCCUGCUCUGGGCAUGACUCUGCCCAAAAGGUUUCUUCCAGGAGCUUGAAUCAAAAGUUUGGAUGAAUGCUCACAGGCUGAGAGCACCUGACCACAGGGCGGACAGCUUUCUCAGGAAAGAUGCCUGAGAUCUUCCCGUUCCCUGUUGUCUCCCCCAGGUACACUAGGGCAUGGUGUUAGAGCCAAGUGAGAUGUGAGGAGAAAAAGGCUGCCUGUCACCCCAUGUUAAGGCAGGGUCAGCAAGGCUGGGAAAAAUCAGUCUGUGUUACACAGAGACACCUUUCUGCCUCUGACAGCACCAGGAAAUGCUGAAUUUCCAUUCAGGUCAUUCACAAAGAGGUUUGAACAAUAUUGGUCUCAGUAUUAAGCCUUGAGAUAAACCAUCACUGACUGGCCUCCAGCUGGGCUUUGCUUGAUUGCAACUUUCUGGGUCUCAUUGUUCAGCUAUAAUUCAAUAAACCUUUCUGUCCACUUAUCUAACUCAUACAGCUUGUCUAUGAUGAUGUUACAGGACGCAGUGUCAAAAGCCUUACUAAAGUUGAGGAAAACAACAUCCACUGUUGGAUCCACUCUCUCCUCAGACACCAAGCAAGGCACCACCCUGUAGAAGGCUAUCACAUUGAUUAAGCAUGAUUAUCCCCUUCAUAAAUCAUAGUGAUUAAUCCUGAUCAUUUUCUUGUACUUCAUGUUUUCCAGGGUUAGUUGCUCCAUCAACUUCCCAGGGACUGAGUCUUCAGGAACCUAUCCCAGUUGCCAUGACCAUUCAAAGAUAAUUGAGAGUGAUCUUGCAGUGACAUCACCCAGCUCCUUCAGCACUUGUCCCAUGGAAUUAAUGUAUGCCCACUUCGUUUAAGUGCUCCCUAACCUGAUCUUUAUCUACUGAGGGGAAGCAGGGCUGUCUCAGGGAAACAAGUGGGGUUCACCAGUCAACACAAGUGUGGACUGGGCAAAAUUGGGCUCCUCCCAAUGUAAUCUACUUGGAGCAGCAGCUGGAUCCACCCAGUGAAAGCAGAGUGCCUCUCCACCCAAACUACUUCAGUGGCUGAGGAAAAGUCCACCUGCCAGAGGGUCUAUCUUCACCAAACAGCCUCUACCUCUCCCCAUAUGCCCUGUAUCCACCAGAAAUCAUGGUGACUCUCCACUGGACUCAGUCCCAUGCAUCAGUGUCUGUCCUGUGCUGGGAUCCCAAAAUAGGAGCUGGGCUCCCAGGAGUGGUCUCACCAGUGCCAAACCACAGGGCAGGGUCCUGUCCCUGGACUGCUUACUGUACCCUUGCUCAUGCAGUCCAUUCUUUGCUGCCCAGGCGCAUGGCUACCUUGUGACCAUGUUGGCCACAGGACCUAGAACUUUUUCUCCAGAGCUUCUCCCAGUCUCAAUGGCUCCACAAGACUGCUCUCAGCUCAUGGGAGCUGUGCUGGACACUCUCCAGAUGACCGGCCCCAGUUUAGCUGCAAGGAAAAUGACAAGAAACGCCACAAAGAGGAAAGAGAUCACCCACAUGGAAAUGGCAUGAAGACUUUAACAAGGCUUUUCAUUCCUGCACCUUUUGUAUUCAUUGCAUCUCAAGCAAGACUUCUCUAAGAAGGGAAGAGGCACCAUCACACUCCCCCUUUCAUCUUUCCUCACCCAUUUGUGCCCAAUGCUACUAGCAGACAAUCUCCUGCUACCUCCUGGUAGAAAGAAAACUUUCCUUCUCCUCCUCCCCCCUCACAAACUUUCCUGUGAUACUUGUGCCAAGGGAAGGUGGAUUCUGGCAAAAGCCAGGGCCAGUUUGCAAAACCACAUCACUUCAACUCACAGCUGACAGAUCUGCACACAUCCUCCAAAGUAUCAGAGAGGAGGGCACAGGAAUCAGGAUAGGUAGAUGGCCCCAUACCAAACUGCUGGCGUGGGCAGGAGGAGCACCCUCAUUGCUGUAGGUCCUCCCUGAUGCCCUGACCCUCCUGGUCAACCCUGCAACUGCAGGAGACAGCAAUAUGGCCCUGUGCUCCAGCCCUGCCCUUCUCCACCACAACUGUCACUAUUCUGCCUUUGCUUGCAGCAGAGCAAAGUCAACAAGCACAGCUUGAAGCUUCUCAGCCACCUGGGCAAGACCUCCCCCACCACGUCAUGUGCUGAAUGUCAGCUAGAGAAGGGCCUGGGGCAGUGUGGCAGCUAGGGGAGGAUAGGCCAUGAGUGCCUGAAAGGGAACUCGCCUCCCCAUCUCUGGAAUGUGGCCCCUUUAAAAUGCCUGUGAGGCUGCAGCUGUUUUCUUUUCUUCUCCCAGCUGUUUCUGCUCAGCAGCCUGUCUCUGCACUGGCCUCUUCAUAUUCCUCCAGCCCAAGCCUCCACCUCCACACUCAGCUGCCUUGGACCUUUUCUCUCAGGGGAUGCUGUCCUGUGUUGGUCACCCUUGUGAUGCCAGAGAAGGGAGAAUUCCAAACCUGGCCUAUGAACGCAUGCUACCAACCCUGUCCUGACCUGCCAAAGUGGUGUGAGCUGGCUCCUGCUGCUUGUCUGUGUAACUGUAAAACUUACAAAUGCUUCACAUAUUUGCCCAGUUCCUUAUGUAUUUGCCUCAUAUUUUAUGUUAUCAGAGUUAUAUUUAUAUGCAUUUAAUAUUUCCCAUUUUUAUUUCAUAAGCUCAAGUAUUUUUUAUGACCUUUGUCAUGGCAUUCUCCAAGUCUGCCUUCAUACUGUUUAGAUUUCAUAAAAAUCACUAUUCCCAUACAAACCUAAUUUUGAAAAUAUCUGGUAUUUUGGGAUAAACAGAAGCAUUUGAAAAGCAUUUUUAGCUUGGGCACUUGUGGUUUUUCUCAUUAGAAAAUGAAUGUAAGAGAUCCUCCAUUGUAAGAAGGCAGCUGCUACUCAAUAGUCUGGUAAUUCUUUAGGAAUUCACGUAUUAAAAAAUGAAUGCCAUGUGUACUCAAGAGUUUAAAGUCUUAGCACUCUUUCAGAGUAAAUGCCCAUUCAACAUGAUAAAUCAUGUGAUAUUUCCAGGAAAACAUCCAAAGAAUGUAUCUAUGCCCAGUGGUUUUGACAGUUCGCAUCACCGGAUUUAAGAGCUUCAAUGAGGGCAAAAAGACAGCCCCAGUGUGUGCUGAUCUCCACUCCCAGUAAUUUAGUUCUGUACAAAAGAUACUGCAGGUUCAGCUCCUUUUUAAGCAGAAAAAAAGGUCCUGACAAUGUUUUUAUAUAGCUUUAUAAUUAAGGUAAAAAACUUUUAGUGACAUAAAUGGAAAUAGUAAUAUUUUUACUUCCAUGCUUCUAAAAAGUAGAUUAUAAUAAUACCCCUUUGCUGCUACUUCACUGAGGACUGCUCCGUUAAAUUUAUUUUCUGGUAAACUGAAUUUGUAUCACUUAGGGAUUUUAAAAUUAUUAAUUAAUACCCUAUUUCUAAGAUUGUGCCUCUUGAAACAAUAUUUUGCAAAAGCAAGCAUGCACUGCACAAAUGGUUUCGUGAAUUACUCAGUGUAAGAUAAAAGAGUUACUUAGAUUGGGACAGGUCACAGCAUGCCAAGAAAUGGUCUGUGGAGAUGGGAAGGUCACAUGGCUAUCUUAACUUCUUAAUGCAGACUAUAAUAGUGAUUGUGAAUGAAAUUGUAGCCUAUGAGCUAAAUUAACUGUGCUUUAAUCAUAUAAAAUUGAACAUGGUAUUUGUCUCCAUGGCAGAUUUUGUAGGGAAAAAACCCCAUAAAUUUCUCAGCUCUAUCCAUCCAUGUCGAGUGAUUCCAGCUAUAGUAUUAAACCUGUACUAUCCCAUUUUUGACCAACACAUGGACACUUUUGGCUGCUCCUGCUUUUGUCCAUCACAGCAUGAGGCUUGUACCUGGCCAGCCACAUGGUCUUAGGAUAAGAGCAAAGAAUCCAGUCUUGCCUGUAUUUGAAGUCUUUGCCUAAUAAAACUAGUAACAAAGAAAUUAGUUAGAUGUAUAAGGGAGAGGACUGGCAAGUUACAGCUGCGAUGGAAAGCAUAAUGGAGAAAAACUAUUUUCUUUUAACAUAGGCAGUGUCAAGCUAGCUGGGGAGGAAGCUAUCUUGUGCAGGCACAAACUGACUCUAUUUGGACUCUUGUGGCAUGUUGAGUGAAUUAAAGGAGCGAAGAAACGGAUAGCUAGAGCAGUGAAGUGUUGAGAUGAACUGGUUAUUUUGAUUUAGGAAAGCUGGUGUAAGGUUUUAUGAAGUGAUUUAACAUAGGGUUAAUCAGAGGCCAAAAGAAUUCCCUCACACUGCUCUAUUUGCCAGCAUAUGCUUAGGUUGAACUUAGACUUACGAUUUGCUUUGGUGCCUGAGAUAAAAGAACCCAUGUUCUAGAGAUAACCCAGUUAUCUCUUCCAGUCAUUACUUUUAAUGAACUACUUGUUUCUGAAUUAAGAUGACAUGGGGAGACUGUGUCCUGGAGCAUACAAUGGUACUAUGCUUUGCAUAUGCAAUAAUCAAGAAACUGGCUGAGUGGGGAAGAAUAAUUUGUUAUUAUUUAAAAUAAAACAACGACAACAAAAAAAUCAACAAACCCCACACACACACACACAAAAAAAACAAACACAAAAGCAACACCCCAAAACAACCAAAAACCUGAAAGGCUAAGUGAAGGGUAACUGUUCUGUGAGGAGGAGUGGACAACUGAUCUGUUAACACAGAAAACAGAAUAAAACACCUGAACAAUCUCUGUCUUUGUAAGGAUUCUGGAAGAUACAACCUUCUGGUUUUCCCCUCUGUAAUGUUUGUAACAAAACCCAUGAUGGCAUCUCCAGCUCUUCAUUGAGAGGGAAACAUGUAAAAAACUAAUUUGCAAGAAGAAAGAAAGAACUUGUAUGUCUGGGAGUUAAAAUGAAUGUGAAGUUUACCUGUUUAAAUCAGUAGAAGGAUUAAGCUUAUGUAAUGAUUACAGUUUGACAAAAAUACUUGUGUAUAAUUUAUGGAAAUAGCUGUAGCAGUAUUUAAUAUUUUUCUUUAACUAAACACAGAUUUUAUUAAUUUCAUUGUAUAUCUAUUGUAUAUGCGUAUAUCCGCUACAAUGUUAUUUGUUUACCUUCUAGAGCUGUAUUUUUGCAAAAGUGAUACAUCUCCAUGGUAAUUUUGUAGCUAGCACAAUAAUGCACUUCAGGCCAGGUUUUCCAAAAUAGUAAACAUUCCCACUAAGUGAAAAGAUUUGGUCCCAUGUUACGCAUUUUAUGUCCUGCUUUGGUUGUUCUUACUCUUUUUAUUUAAUACUGUCAUAUGUGAUAGGGGAUUCAUUUUUUCCUCACACUGGCAGUACAUCCAAUUCAAGUUUGCUUAAACAACAUCAGGGCAUCCAAGCAGUUUGCUCAUGUGAAUAAUUGCACUCAACUUGGUUCAUGACUUUUUAAAGCCUCCCAAAUACAUAUGUGCUGAACACAAAGGAAGCCCUAAAACAGUAUCGUAAAUCUGCUUAGAGUGACUACCAUACUGGUAAUGAAGCCAACCACACAGCAAUGGGUGUAAUAACAGAACAAAAACACAGAACCAGGUCUCGGACUAAAAAAAACCCUGUUUAUCUAACCUCUUCAUCAAGACAUAAUCACCUGCAGAGAAUUGCCUUUGCAAUGACAUAUGUUUGCACACAAGGCUGGCGAGACAGCAAUAUGAUAGUUCAAAACUAGCUUUCAACAAAAUAAAAUCAAAGACAGGAGCCAGAUUUCCUAAUGUGCUGUGAUAGCCCCAACCUCCUCUAUUAUAUGGCUGACCCUACUUCUGAUCUUAAUAAAUAAAGGGAGUUCUGACUCAUAUUUUACAAGAAGUGAGUAAUGAAAUAAAGGUGAGGAGAAAGAAAAUAUUUUUGCUGAAUGAAAAUAAGUAGAGAAAGUUUAACUGAAUUUUGGAAGUAUAAAUUGUGCUGAGGGGACAAGCAGCAGUAUUCAGCAGGUCCCUGACCCAUCAAGAGUGUUAUUGUAGUUCAACAUGUUACUCCACUGCUAAAAUAUUAAGAAACUAAGGAUAUUUCUGUAACAUUUUCUUUUAAAGUCUUACUAUACUUCCUGUAGAAUUUUUGAGGGAGAGGGAACAGCUAAUCUAAGACAUAUAUAACAUUCUAAUAUCCAGUUGAAAUAAAAAGAAAGUGGCAAAAAAAAAAACCCAAAACAGACAAUGAAGUCAUAAGGCAGAAAAUGAAAGUGGUAAGUAUCAAAAGCAUACACAAGGGGGAAAACCUUAAAAACCAAAAAAUGAUGAAAGAAAACUACUCAUACAGAAUAAUUAAAUUUCAAGAUUUUGAAGAAACAGGAGCUUACGAAUUACUUUCAAAGCAUCCCAGCCUGUCUCUCAGAAUUUAUAUACAGGAAAGAAGGUACGUAAGAGCUUAUCUUUAUCAUGAAUGCUUUUGGCUUGGUACAAAUUGGCUUCAUAAUGUUGUGCACCACCACCAUCUCCAGUCUUCAGUGCAAUCAUCUGCCUUUACAGCAAAGAAAAGUGAUUGAGAACAGCCUGCAACUUUUGGACAGAAUGGGCAAAAAGUUUCCUCAACAAUGUCUAAGAGAGAAAAAGUCCUUCAGAUUUCCUGAGCAGGUUCUAAAGCCCAGGCAGAAAGAGGUUGUCAAAGUGGCCAUUGAAGAGAUCUUCCAACACAUCUUCUAUAUCUUCAGCAAAAAUCUGACAGUAGCUGCUUGGGAUGGGACAGCUUUAGAACAAUUCCAAAAUGGACUUUAUCACCAAAUUGAGCAGUUGGAGGCAUGUGUAAUCAAGAAGCAGACCCACUAUUUUUGGAGUAAAGAAGUCAACAGGCUGAAACUGAAAAAGUACUUCCAAAAAAUAGACUGUUUUCUUAAAAACAAACAACACAACCUGUGCUCCUGGGAGAUCAGCCGUGCAGAAAUGAGGAGAUGUCUUCAACUGAUUGAUAAAGUCAUAAGGAAGCUUAACAACUAAGGGUGUACAUGCUCUUCUCUCUACCACUCAUGGAUGCAAACUACAGAAUUGAUGAGAGACAUGGGUAUCAAGUCUGAAGCUGAAAUACCAGAAAUAAAACCAGCUGACAACUUCACCAUGAUCCCGAACAACAGAAAAAACCAAAUAAACAGAGCAAAAUAUUAGAGCCUUUUUUCUGCCUGGCCACAAGUAUUACAGCAAAAUGUGGGUUUCUUGGACUUUUUAUUUAACAGCACUUGAAAUGGCCUCACUGCAAGACUGUUUCAAACCUUAUUUCUGCUGCUUGUUUUGGUUUUGUACUUCUUCAAGCCUGUACAAUAAAGGCACAUUCAGCCUACUUACCUUUCUGGUUCUGAUAUCCUAAGUGGCUUCUGCAAUGCAUUAAACUGUUAUUGAAAUGCCCUUAUUUUUACUGAAACUUGGGAAAUAGCAAGAAAUAUUUUCACCUGCUCUCUCAUGAAAAAGACCAGUUUUUAUUGCCUCACUUGUCUGCACUGGGAAUAUGUUAAUUCAUAGCCCACUGAUUGGUCAGAAACCCUGAUACCAUGAAGGUUUCUUUUUAGUUCAUAACCAUCCUUGAAGAAUCUCAUCGCUAAAUAAAAAUAAGUUUUGACAUGUUUCAGUCAACAAGGUACCUUGCUGUGAAGGAAGAAAACAGAAUGGACGCUAGAGGGCAAAGUGAGAUUAUAGACAAGUGUAAGAAUUGUAGGGGAAUAUACAUGUAUUUUGGCAAGACGGUAUUUCAGUUCUUUAGAAGAAGGGAUUUUACAGAAGGGAUUUUAAAGAAGAAUGAACUAUCCUUAAAAGAAACAAGAAGAUCUCAGAGAUGCUGAACAGGAGCUCAUAAUCCAGUGUUUGAUUUCAAUUACUUGGCCAUCUGUGAGGUAAUAGAAAUUAUUUGUACUGAGACAAUGUCUAGAAGACCCAUUUAAAGAUGGGAACCCUGGAAUAGACAUUGUUGCUGAACAAAUUAAAAGGAAAAAUAAAACAGCAAACUAAUAUAUCUUUGUUCUAUUCUUACUUUUUAAUGAAAGGUAAAGAGUCUAUAAAGUAAAGGAAGAAAGCUGAGGAGUCAGAAGAUUCUGUGUCUUCUGCUUGCCAUUGUAACAUUGUGAAGAAAAUUGUACUUUAUCACUGUCAUAUUACUAUCUCAGCUGUAUAUGAUGCACCUGGCUAACUGAAACCCUCUGGUAUUUCUUCUAGUUAGUACUUUUCUAGAAGUUAAACAGAUGUAGCAAAAUACAGUUUUUGACAUAAAUUAUUUUCAAAUGGA